UAUCACAUUCACUUUGUCUACGUUUGGCUAAUCUGAUGUUGGGGAACGUAGCCUAAUGCUUCCCUUGCAGCAUGUGUGAUUGCUUUGAAGAAUAUUUUCAAUUAUUAUUAUUAUUUAUUUAUUUAUUUAUUUUUGCUGAAACGGAAAAACAGCUUAAUGUGGAAGGCAGACAGAUAACCCACAAAUUUUUAAAAAUAUUUUACAGCAAAAAUACUUUUAUUGUCCUGCUAAAUGGAAUCAAAUUUGGUGAGACAGAUAGACAGACAGACAGAUAGAUAGACAGAUAGAUAGAAUUGACAAAUAAAUCUUUAAAAGGAAAUGAACUGGUUGAUGAUCUGGUUGGGUUAAGAAAUUAUUGAAUUAAAUAUUUACACAAAGAUAAUAAAAUUAGCUGCUCAGAAUACUUAAAGACAACACCCGCACAUCACUGGAGAUGAAGAAACAGUGGUCAGGUUAUGUUGUGGUGGUUAAUAAUUAAUGUUUAUUAAUGAAAGGUACACAAACUUUUAAGAGGUAAAAGGGGUCAGUUGUAAAUCAUAACAUAACCACAUAACGCUCACCCUGUAGACCAUAUUUAACUUGUCAUAUUUUACAACAUACAAGAAUUAAUAGGGUCCAUGCCAAAUAAUUACUUCAAUGUUAUCAGAGUUUGCACUCCAUAGUUCUCAGAAACAAGCAUCAGUUAAUCCAUGGCAAAAUCCUUUGGCAGUCCACACCUUUUUAUGGUAAGAGAUAAGGCCUCUCCAUAAAACUGAUUAUUUAUGAAAACCCAGAAUAUAAAUAGAGUGUGUGGUUGUGAGAGACAUUCAGACACACUGGGCAGACUGCUAGAAUGGCUCUGACAGCGAUUAGUUUUCUGUGCUUUGCAGCUUUGCUGCCGUUCCCAGGGCUGGGACUGCCUGCAGACUCAGGCAAGCUGGAACAGGUACCCGUGAGAGUGACUGUCAUUAAUGAGUUCACUAAUGAGCAGCUCUCCUACUCCACCAAUGUGAUAGAGGAAGGGCUGAUGUUUGGUGCUUUAAAUCAACUGCAGGACACCACCGCUGAUUUCAAAUUCUCAUACACUAUUCAUCAAACCUUUGGCAUAUAUCUGGAAAGUGUGAACGGAUUGGCUGGAUCUGAUGAGGACCAGACAUACUGGGAGCUUCUGUCUGAAAAAGAAGGAGUUAUAACUCGACUGGAAGUGGGAAUUGGCUGCUACCAACCCCAGAGAGAUGAGAAUAUGAUCCUGAGGUUCACCACUUGGGCCAAAAAAUAGAUUUUCUUUCUUUCUUCAAAUCAUCAGUUGUAUUCAGCAGUUCUGAAUGUCACUGCUAAAUUAAAACCACAGAUUGUUACAGUCAUGGAAUCAACACAAAGUUUAACUGAAUUUACGA